AACGCAAGCUGUUCGUUGGCAUGCUGUCGAAGAAGUUCACGGAGAACGACGUUAGGAACAUGUUCAGCAUUUACGGAACCAUCGAGGAAUGCUCGGUGCUGAGGGACAGCACCGGAAAAAGUAAAGCCUGUGCCUUCGUUACCUUCGCUAGUAAACAAUACGCCAUCAACGCCAUUAAGGUUCUUCAUCACUCGCAAACGAUGGAGGGAUGCUCGUCGCCGCUGGUUGUGAAAUUCGCAGAUACGCAGAAGGAAAAGGACCAGAAAAGGAUGCAACAGCUUCAGACGAAUCUUUGGAAUAUAGCAGGAGUCAACAUGGCGCCGCAUUACCUGACCAACGACACGCCUGCUUUGGCGCCCGCCUCGCUGCAAUUGUUGCAACAACUUCAAGCAACGACGAACGCGGCGACUCCGGUGGCGGCAGGCGCCGGUGCGAGCGCGUUGUCAAGCGUGCAGCACCAAUUGUUGCUGCAGCAACAUCUUGGCCUUGGUGCGGCGACUCCUGCGCACGCGGCAGCCCCCGCUGUGCCCAGCCCUCCAGAGAUCAACCCCGCGAAUCUUCAAGGACUGGCGACCCUCGCGUCCCUCAGCAACACCGCCGGGUCCACCGGAGGCAGCCUCAGUCCUGUGACGUCCCUAGCGCUCAAUUCUCUCACGGGGACACCUCUAAAUGGAUUGCAGGACUCUUUGAGCAACGCUUACUCCAGCUUGCAACAGUACGCA